CUUUUAAUUUGGUGUUUCGUAUUGCAGUUAUGUCAAUCGGCACCGCGAUCCAUCGUUUGGAGGUUAGCAAGUGGCCUAUCCAUGUGCAAAUUUCACACUACGCAACUGUGUGCUGUCGCCGCUUGGAUCGCAUAGGUAGCAGUGGACGCCGAAUGGCCAAAAAACCAACUUCAUACUCGAAAAUGUUAAAAACAAUUAUAAUAUUUGCUCGAUCCUCAACUUUUAGCAACAAAUCUUAAGGAACAGCAUGUUUGGGAACACGCUUUCUGAAGUGAUGGAUCUUCAAAAAGAUAAAUUUCCUUUCCGCAAGCUGCCCUGGAUACAGACCACAUUAUCAGAGCAUGUGCUUCUGCUCAAUAAAUAAAUCCGAAAUAAAUCAGCUGGUAUACGGUUAUACGGUUCUAACGUAUCUAAUACAUUUCCUGCAACAGUUUGCCAUACCCGAAGUGGUCAGUUGCACCAAGAUGGACUCCUCGAAUCUGGCCAUGGUGUUUGCGCCUUACGCUGUACGUCGGAGGAUCCCAAAGUGAUUCUGGAGAACGCUCGGAAAGAUAUGUCCUUCAUGCGCACUUUAAUUCAGCAUAUGGACACGACGCACGUGGCCAAUCUGGUCUAAUGGGCUGUUGACCAUCAAAAUCGGCCAACGACCUACCUACCAACCUAUCAAUUCUAUAAAAUA